CACAAGCGUCAUUGUGCAGCUUCGAUAAAAUGGCGUUCCGCGAUGGUGCUCUGGUGGUGGUUCUGGGGCUGUGUCUGCUGUAUGUGAAGGGCGGCGCAGGUGUAUCGACUGCAGAGUCGCAAGACGCGCAACACGACAGUCGUCACGACCUGAUUGCGAAGCUGAUGGAAGUGCACAACAAGCUAGUCAUGCCCAAGACGCCCGUGAAUGUCUCCUAUGGCCUAACUCUUCUCUCGAUCGAGGGUGUGGACGAGAAGGAAAAUAUCCUCCGAAUUGCGGCUUUCGCGACGAUACAAUGGUUUGAUCACCGUUUCCAGUGGGAUCCAGCAAAUUACAGCGGAUUAUCUUUUGUGAAUUUACCAAGAAAUAGUAUCUGGACUCCAGACUUCAGAAUGCUGUACGCUCAGGUUGUGGAGGAGGAUGACGUCAACUUGAUUGCGUAUGCCGGUGGGACUGUCAGUCACUUCCUUCCGCUGCGACUAGCCAUACCGUGCUCUUUUAACUUCAAGGACUUCCCAUCCGAUGUCCACACCUGCGACCUUUUUCUGGAAUCCUGGAGCCAUCCAGGUUCCCUGAUCAAUCUGACUUUUUUUGAAGAUGAGACAGCAGCCAGCUUAGCCUACCAUCGUGUAAACAGCCAAUGGGAGGCCCAGUCCUUCAAAGUGAAUAGGAAAGUGACCAAGUAUCCGGAUUACUCCACCGAGGAGUACAUCAAUCUGUCGUACCGCAUCCAAUUCAAACGCACAGUGAAGGAGUACACGGUCCGCUUUGUGGCGCCCUCGGUCGUCACAUCGCUUCUGAUCCUGCUGUGUUUUCUCAUCCCUCCACUCUCUGGUGGGAGGAUGGUUCUCUGCUCCGUCGUCAUCCUCGGCCUCUUGCUUCAACUGUUCCACCUCAACCAGACCGUGCCCAUCCACGGCUCCGAUGCCCCCUUCAUGGCUAAAUUUCUCACUUUCAGCGUGUUCUUGGCCGCCUUUGCAGCUGUUGAGAGUGUGGUGUCAAUGAAUCUCUCCAGUUGGGGAACCUUGAGUGGGAGUAGCAACAACAACAGUAACGCCCCCAAAGACGGGGAGGAGCUCGUGGCGCAACCCAAGCCAAAUUUGUUCCUGAUGCAACUCGCUCGAAUCAUCGACUUGGUCUGCUUCGUCGUCUUCACCGUCAUCUUUGCUAUCGGUGGGGGCGUCAUACUCAAUCCUACAACGGAGUAGAGAUGAAUGCGUGACACUUCAAACAGCACACAACCGGCUCGUUGUAAAUUAAGCCUUGAAACCGGGGGCAUUAAUGUUCUCAUCUGUCGUGAUAAGGACUAGUAUCGAAAAUGCUUCCCCAAUGCCAUACAGUUGCAUAUCACUAAGACAUUUUGCAUUGUUGGUCAUCUGGAUCCUUCUAUACAGGGUGAGUUAAAAAAAAAAAAAAAAAAAA